AUGCCGCAGGUCAAGGCACAGGCGCAGGCGCGUAUAGCGGAGCUAGAGGCAGCACUCGGCCCGGCUCGGCAGGUUUUAGUCCCCCCGCCCCUUCACCCGGUGACCAGUGUGGGAGCAUCCGGGCAGACGCAGCAGCAGCAGCUGCAGCAGCAGCCCUCCUUGCCCGCGGCCCUCUCAGCAAACAAUCCUUUUGCUGGCGCCUUCCCAACAGCCCCGUCGUACAUCUCGAUGCCGCCGCCGCCGGCGGCCGUUGCCAUGGGCGGCGGCGGCGGCGGCGGCACGUUUGCGUCACUCGGAGUGCCGCCGCCGCCGCCGCCGGCUGCUUCCGCAACAACCCAGGUUCCUGCGCAGCCGGACUUCUUCAGCGCCUUUGACGACCUUGCGCGGCAGCACCCAUCGCAGCCCCGCCGGCGGCAUUCGGCUCCGGCGCUGCUGGCGGCCGCCCGGACGGCGCCGCCGCGGCCGCCGGUUCCUGGGUCAACUUUGUGCAUUAACGUGGCGGAGGUUGGGAGUCAGGUUGGGAAUCAGGUCGGGGUUCAGCUCCUCACACUCAUAACUCGUUUGGAGAAGUCGAAGCUUCUCGGCGAUGUGUGCCUUCUCCACGUAUUCCACUCGAGAUUGUGCAUCUGA